AUGUCGACGCUGCUGGAACUGAAGAGCAGUGUGCUGAGGCAGGUGCAGAGGAGCCAGUCUCUGAGGAGCAGAAGGGAGCCUCCCCCCACCGCUGCUGCGGGCCCACCAACCCCCACCAGGGUCCCUGACAGGGUCGCCCUAGGGGUUGCCAAGGGGAACGGGGAGUUCUUUGAGCGUAUGCACAAAAUCGUCCAGAAGCAAGAGAGUCUGUUAGCUGCCACUCACGCUGAGGAGGAGAUUAUCGCAGGUCCACCUCCUCCAGAGCGCACAGACCAGGCCUUCGUUCCGGAGAAAGCCACCAGAAAUGAGCUUGAUUUAUUGUAUGAGGAGGCGGUUUACACCGUGGUCAAUCGGGUUGGAGUGCCAUCGCCCGAAUAUGUGACCAAUGAAGGGGACCUUUUCAACUACCUGCAGAAGGUGUUUGAUAUGGGUCAAGAAGAGCAUGACAUCAUUCUGCAGAGAGUGAGGGAGUCCAAGAGAGCAAACUUCUCUCUAAGGGUCUCUGUCAUGAAAGGCAAGAAUCUCAUGGCUAAAGAUGCCAACGGUUACAGCGACCCAUACUGCAUGCUAGGAAUUCUCUUGGGACAAAGCCCCCGAGAGACAGAGGAAAGGAAAGAGAGGAAGUUUAGCUUCCGCAAGAGAAAGGACAAGCUAGAGAAGCGCUCCAGCGUCAAAGAAGUGCUGGCCGCAAGGGACAUCCAUGUGACCGAGGUGAAGCCUGAGACGCUGAACCCCGUGUGGAAUGAGCACUUUGUUUUUGACAUUGAUGAUGUCCAGAAUGAUGUUCUGCAUUUGGACAUAUGGGAUCAUGACGAUGAUGUCUCUGUGGCUGAGGCAUGUCGAAAGCUGAAUGAGAUCAGUGGGCUGAGAGGAAUGGGCAGGUACUUCAAGCAAAUUGCCAAAUCUGUGAGGGCCAAUGGGGCGGCAGCAUCAGGCAGCGAGGAGAACGCUGAUGACUUUCUGGGUUGCCUGAACAUUCCAUUAAGCGAGAUUCCAGUGGUUGGCUAUGAUAAGUGGUUCAAACUCGAGCCACGGUCCAGUGCGUCUAAAGUACAGGGAGAAUGUCACCUGAUCCUGAGGCUCUUCACCACCCAGAGAGACACUGCUUUGACUAAAAUGGUCUCCAAUGUGGUCAUCCAUCAGAAGCUGCUGAGUCAGAUUUUGGAGUAUGAGCACAGUCAUGCUCAGAAGGAACCCUAUAACUGGAAUGGACAAGUGUGUCCAGCAGCAUGGACUGUGCUUUCCCAUCAUGCUGUGCAGGCUGACCUGUCGCCAUUGCAGCAGGCAAUCAUUCGCUGGCAGUGCUAUAGCAGCCACCAUCACUCUCAGAGGAUGUGCUAUUCUCUGCUGCUUCGACUGCUGAGGGCCGUGGAGGCCGAGUGGGAGGCUGGAGAUGUGCAGAAGGAGCUGGAGAGCCUCUUGGCACAAAGCUUUAAACUCUACUGUGACUACUGCCUGUCUCUGAUGAAGAGCAUAAGGCAGGUUUUCCCCUGCACCAGCCCUAUUGCCAUCACACGGUGUGAGCUAAUGCUGAGGACUAUUGGGCAGAUGCAGUCAAUGCAAGCAUUUAAGGCAGUUUGUCCCAACCGCAAUGAACUACACCUGGAAAUAGCGACUGUUAUAAAGAAAGGCACUGUUGAGUGGUAUGAGGCGACAAUUUCACACUUCAAAUCAGAUGAAGGGACUCUGGAGGAGCAGCUGAAGAGACUGGUUUUGGUGGUGGAUGCGGUGUGUGUCGAUGUUCAGAGAGGGCAGAAUGUCUACAACAAGCUCUUUCACAGCUCGGUGAAGGUGGACUUCUUCAGCAUCUCCUUUCGGCAGUUGGAGAAGCUGGUGGCCGAUGACGUGAGCGUUGCCAUGGAGCGGGUUUGUGGGACCUUGGAGCAGGAGAGCUCUCGGUUGUCCCAAACCAUGGGGGAGACCCUGUUUGAGCUGUUCAUGUCUCUGAAGACCCUCAAACGCUUCAGGGAGUUUCUGCCCCUUAGAGACACUAAGAUGCUGGCGCUGACUGGAUUUCACAACUGGUUCAAAACCUCCAUCCACAAAUGGCUGCAGAUCGUACAUGAGAAAUCGAUGGAGAGAAUCCGCAAAGCAGUGGAGCAGGACCAGUUGGAGCCGGUCCCGCAGGCGAAACACAGCAUCUCAGCAGUGGAUGUCACCACAUGCUUCGGCCAGGUGCGAGAAUUCUGGACUCAGCUGGCCUGGCCCGACUCAGCAGGGGCUUUCAUCUUCAUCACUCGUCUGACCGAUAAUUUCUGCAGUGAGGCGGUGUCCUACUCUGAGCUCUUGAAGCGCAAGAUCGAGAGGAGCCAGCUGGGUCGAGACCACCGGAGCUUUACAGUGCAGCUGUGUGUGGCACUGAACGACACGGAGCAUGUGCGCGUGUACUUGGCCGGGUUGCCGCGGGAACUGGACUGGCGGGGGGUUGAACAGGCCAUGGAGGAGUCGUGCGGGGCAGAGGGAAAGGAGCAAGUGAACAAAGCCCUGAACGGUCAGCUCUACAACGCUGACCUGGACCUGCAAAGGGAAACUAAGCGCAUGAUUACACACCUCACUGAUAAGAUGCUUCCUGAGCUCAGGAGAUACAUUCAGCACAUCAGCCUCUCUCCAGACACCAUAAACAAUGACGAUGCUGUGUCUCCGUUGAUGAAAUACCUAGAUUCCACCUUAGUCAUCCUCAAUGAGUCACUGGUGAAGGAGAACCUGGCAAGGGUUCUCCAGAGUCUUUGGGAACUGCUGCUGAGGAUGAUCCUGGAUUCAGUGGCUGAGAACAGAGGGGUCCAGGUGGAGUUCUACACACGGUUCCAGUACACCAUAGAGACUCUUGUGCGGUUCUUCCAUGCCGAUGGUGAAGGGCUGCUGCUGGAGGAUCUCAAAAGUGGAGACUACAAGGCCCUGGAUGAGGAGCUGCGACUGAACAAGUGUUCGUCCUUCGAGCUGAUCGAGCAGUACUUCCUGGAGAAGAUCUCUCAGCAGAGAAUUCUGAAGCACAGUCGGUUUGGCCGCAUUAGUGUGAAAUGUUACUAUGAUGCCCCCGAGCAAAGACUCACUGUGGAAAUUUUGCAUGCAGCUGACCUCAUUGCCCUGGAUGCUAAUGGGCUGAGUGAUCCAUUUGUCAUAGUAGAGCUCUGUCCUCACCACCUCUUCCCCAACUCCAGAAGUCAGCGCACUCAAGUGAAGCUCAAAACGCUGCACCCUGUUUUUGAUGAGCUCUUCUACUUUCACGUGAGUCCUGAGCAGUACAGGCACAGAUUUGCCUGCCUCACCUUCACUGUGAUGGAUUAUGAUUGGCUGUCCACCAAUGAUUUCGCCGGUGAGGCAGUGGCUCCUCUGAGUGACUUCUGCUGGCCAGGCCGACCCAAUGCGACCCCUGCCGGGAAGACCGUGCAGCCCUUCAUCCUACACCUGUCCCGUCAGAAACCAAGCGAGAAACCGAUCAUGAAGAUGCUGGAGGCAAGAACAGGAGACCGUGAGGCUCAAGAGUUUGUGCGAAGGCUGAAGGAGAUCGAGAAGUCGAUGGAGGAAGAGUAAUUUUCAGCAGUGGUACACACUAUUUCCGACCUUGUGCUUUUCUACCUGUUGUACUAUGUUUGCUAUUUAAAAUGAAUCUCUUUCAAGUGUGCAGUUUUAACUGUUGUCCUGAGAAAAAGUGAACUAUAUGAAGACUCUGUUUAAAGAUCAGUAUUUUGUCGCUGUUCAGCACUUUGCGUGCUGUGUUUUAAUGUUUUGGCUCACCAAAGGAGCUUGUGAGAAUUAUAUGAAUUUAACAAUAGUAUAUUUUGAAGUAUGUUUAGUUGAUUCUCUGUUGAAUUAGAUUUGAAACGUUAUCUGAGGUACAGUUUCCUGUGACUUGAAGUCUAAGAGAUGUUUAACGAGAAGAUGAGCUGUACAGGUAGGUUUACUUGCUUUGAAACAGUUUACAAAUACUCAAAAAGGCAUUCAAAAAAGGCAAGUUUCAUAGACUUUAUACACACUACAGGUGUUUUGCCUUUGUAGCAAAGAGGGGGAGCAAGACACAACCUUCAAAAACAGCUUGUAAAAUUUAAAGUAAAGCUUAUUCACCUGUGUUUACAAUAUUGAUUGAGAUGGUCUCUGUUAUGGGAUGAAAACGCUUUCGUAAAUCUUCUAUCUAAAACUGUGAAUGUUAUGCAUUUGUUCUUGAAUCACACUGGACUGUGUUGAGAAUGUUACUGUAGCAUUUCUGUGAGACCUGGUCUUUCUUAAAGAAUGUCUGUUUAUGCUAAAUGGUUGUUCAAUUUGGGUUUGAUGUUCAUUUGGUUCUCCCUACUUUUCACACUCUACAGUUUUACUAUUGGCAAUGCAGCACUCAAAACAGCAGAGAGAAGUCUGUCAGAGGUCUUUUUUAAAAAAAGGGCUUCACAUUUUUUACAAUGCAAAGUCUGUUUUGUUUUAACCGCAUUCCCAUAUAUUGAAUGCCGAACUUGUUUUUUGAAGGGAAAUAUAUGAUUGGGGCUGACUGAGCAUAGUUGCAAAUCAUUUCUUUCUCUGAAAAUGCUUCUACCUUCAGAAGUCCUGUUGUUUGUUUCUGAAGGUUUUUUUUUUUUAAAGAAGUGACUCAAAAGCACUCCCUGUUUUAUUCCAAAGUCAUUUAUUUAUUUGUUUAUUAUUUAUUUCUGGCGGAUUUAUGAAAAGAACUAGACUUAAUAGCACCAUUUGUCUGUUAUAUAUCCACAGCAGGGAAACAUUUUUUUUUCAGCUGUUUUGUAGCUUGGUCUCCUGUUUUCAGAGCCUAACCUCUCUCCAUGUUCCCUCUACACCUCUUUUCCUUUGACCUAAGCAAGAUUGGCCUCCUGUAGAGAAAACUCAGACAGAAACAAGGACGGAGGAACAGCCCUGCUAUCCAGCAAGGGUAAACAAAUGCAUUGGCACCGCUGUUUAACACUUUCUCAGCAGUAUGUGAAACUGUCGGCACUUCUCCGUGCCCCCAUGUGACUUGACUAAUGGUGUAUCGUGCGCGCGUGUGUGUACGUGUGCAGUGAACUUAAUAAAGAAAAAACAAGAACAAUAGACGAGACCUCA